AUCUUCUCCUUCCAGGACGAAGCUACGCAUACGUCCGAAACAAAGUUUAUAAAACAGUCUCCCAACGUCGAUCUCGGAAAGCUCACCGACCUGGCUAUCUUACAUUGGGAAGUCGUACACGACAAGAUCGGAGUUCAAGAAGCAUCUGCCGAGAUCUCUCGUCUUAUGCGAGCAAAACCUGAGUAUGGCACUCUGGCUACCAUCGGAAUCGGUGCUUUGUGCAGCGCAUGCAUUGGUCCAGCAGCAUUCAAUUCAAGUUUCCUGGAUAUGCUCGUCGCGGCUCCACUCGGGGCCGGAUUAGUAGCCGCUCAGUUAUUGAUCGCAUCCAAAUCCGACGUACUUUCUCAAAUCUUCGAGAUCGUGGUGACAGGCUUAGCAAGUUUCAUUGCUGCCGGAUUGGCCUCAACCGGUUUAUUUUGUUAUUCGGCUAUCAUCGCAUCGUCCAUCGUUCUUAUCCUUCCAGGUUGGUUAGUUUGUUGUGCUGCUUUAGAGCUUCAGAGUCGAUGCAUCGUAAGUGGAAGUGUGAGGUUGAUCUGGGCAGUGAUCUAUGCAUUGUUCUUAGGAUUGGGUAUCAGCGUUGGGGCACAAUUCUGGACUUUAUUCUCGGGCCAUGACGUAGAGUUGGCAGUAGAUGGAACGUGCGGAAAUACUCACACAGACAUCUGGUACCGCAAGACCAUCCCUCUAUGGUCGGCGUUUAUAGUCGUACCGGGUUACGCAUUUUUUCUAGCGCUUCGUCAACAAGCCCGACUUAAAAGUAAAGAGCUUUGGGUGACGAUUCUUCUUUCUAGUGGUGGAUGGGCAGCAAAUCAUUUUGCCUCUAUAGCUUUUCCAAAUAGAUCUGAUAUCAGCUCUGCACUUGGAUCUUUUGUCGUUGGAUUUGCGGCUAACAUAUAUGGAAGGAUGUUCCAAGGUACUGCAUUUAUUGUGGCACUUGUACCUAUCCUCUUCCAACUUCCAUCUGGUCUUGGGAACGGUGGACUUUUAUAUUUCGCCAACACACGUGAAUCAACUCAAUCAUUUACCAACGGAUUAUCGGUGGGCCAACAGUUGAUUGAAGUCUCGCUUGGAUUGGUAAUUGGAUUGUUCGCUGCGACAGUCAUCGUUUACCCUUUUGGAAACCGGUGA